AUGCACUUCAAGGAAUCCGUGAAAGCUGCUCUCAUCCAAUGUUACCUAGAAGCAGUGGCUGAAGACCCAGAUGCUGGCACGGCGACCCUGCCACUCGAUACAGACCCGUUUUGGCAGUCUGCUUUCAAUAGCCUUGUAAGCGAGCAGAACGGAGUCCGUGGUCGUAAGAGAAGUCUUUCCUCCGAUGUUGGGCAGAGGUCGCACGUGAAGCAGCCCCGCCUGGACGAGGCCGGCAUUCUCGACGAGGCUGCCAUUCCCGACGAGGUUGCCUUUUCCGACGAGGCUGGCGUUCCCAAGGACGCUGGCACUCCCAACGAGGCGGACACUCCCAACGAUGCGGGCAUUCCCAACGAGGCUGGCAUUCGCAACGUGUCUCUCGCCGCUCGCCGCAUAUCCAUUGCGGCACUUGUGAAUGAAGACAGUCGCUCCGAUGUCGAAUCAGAGGAACCGAUGACGCCAAGAAUCCUCUCAGACCAUCUCCACGCGCAAUCUGAGGUCGAUGAAACAUUGGCCCAGGAAGACGAUUCGGCGUCUCGUAUUGAGGACCAUCCUGAUACUGUAUCCCAGGUUGCAGCUCUGCCGAGCAAUUCUAGCGCUGACUCGGGACUUCUGGUCUCCCCUGGCGACGACGUCACAAUGGUGGCUUGCCCUUGGCCAGGAUGCAUCGUGCUUGCCGAGGUGUCGAGCGGGAAGAUCUCCAAACAUAUAAUGGCUCAUAUCGUCGAGAGGAAUGCUGGCCUUCAAGUUGCCGAUUUCAGCUGCCCUUACGAAGGAUGCGAUACCAAGUGUUCUGACAAGAGGGCUCUGGAACGUCAUCUGCGUUCGAACCAGCAUCUGAAACUCAAGCUGCUGUGCACGAUCUGCGACGCGACCAUAUCGAGGAAGGAUGCUUUCAAACGGCACAUGGACACCCAACACGGUGCAGGCAAAGACACGGGCGGUGGCAAGGGCAAGGGCAAGGGCAAGGGCAAGACCUCGGGCAGGAAACGCGAGAACGAUACGCAAGAAGGAGAACAGGGGCGCGCCCCCUCGAUCUGA